UUAACUGCCCCUGUAUGAUUAAACUGAGAAUGGAUGUUUCCGAAUGCUUUUAAGAUCAGUGAUGAAUAAUUAACGCGCACAUGACACAGAUCGUCGUGGGGAAUAGGAACUCGAUGACUUGAGAGGACUCGGGGUUUGGAUCGAUGAGGUGUCGAACGACGACCGCAAUCUCGAGACCAAAAUUCUCCAGCUUUUCGAAUUCGACACCAGCACGAACUCUCCGUUUGUUGGAGAGCUGUUUUCAGCACAUGGUGCCGGAUGCAAACACCUUGUUUCCUGAUCGCAUCGCGAGGACGGUCGCUCAAUCACUCCAACUUGCACAGCAUCGAGAAGCUUGUAAUAACGGAGAAACCGAACUUGUUAAUAUCUCCGCGAAGACGUCUGAUUCAUUGUCACAGCCAUGGAAAUGUUCUCCGCAUCAGCGUCUUCCUGUCUCGCAUGCGUGCACUCCACGACCUCCAAUCCAUCUCGCGAAAAGAUUGGCCGAGCUCUCAAAUACACAGCUAUGGUUCUGGAGCACGGCACAGAAGCAAGCGCCGACCCGACAUUGCGAUUCGACUGGCUUCUUCAUCGGCAUUGCAAAUCUUGACAAAGCAUUUCGUCCGCCAGUUUGCCCUAAACUGCCCGCCUGCCUGCUCACCCGGGCAGAAUCACUGGGCCGUCUUCUAGCAUCUGAUGCAAGCCGACACAAUGCGAUUCCAAGUGCAGGGUGUGGAGUCGAACUCUUCGCUCCGGAAGAUGCUGGGAGUGAAAUGAUCGCCAUUUCUAUUCGGGCUGUGUGGUAGCUCUCUGUCGUCACUGUGUGAAAGCAUUGGCAAAGAUCUGGAUUGCGAUAAAGCGGGUAACUGGAGUUGGAACCGAUCUGAAGAGGCUCCUAGUUUUUCUGGUCUCAAUGUAUGCACACCGAAAUGUCUGUAAUCUGCUCUGCACUAGCUCGUUCUUCUCAAACUAUGGUCGUCAUCCCACUUCUGAUCUCGUGGGAGCAUUCGAUUCAUCGGGUGCCAUCACCGGCGUUUUCGCUGGCAUCGGUAGGCGAGCAGACUAUUAUCCUAAAGAAUUGGCACUUGGUCGCGGAGUAACCAGUCGUCUGUUCAAUCCGAGUCGAAUGUUUGGUUCUCAUUCGUCAGAUAGACGUGAGAUGUUGGGAGGUGGGAAGUCACAGCAGGUUGAUGACUUUGGGAAUUGCAAAUCCGCCGGAGGUCAGAUGUAAUGCUUGGAUCGUCUGUAGUAGUAACUAACCCUCUCGCUGGAGGACGGUGGUGAGGAUGCCUUCAACGUUGUUGGUCAUGGACAAUGUCCUUCUCUAUUUACAGCUGUCCAUAUUUAUCUUGGUGCGAACAUGCUGGAUUGCAAUCGGCGUGCUUUUCUUGCUGAGUUUUUGGAUCAAAGUUUCUCUUCUAAUUGCUGACUUCUUUUGAUGCGGACUUCGGUGCAGCCGACACCAUAUUGUUCCAUGCGAACAUCUGUAGCUGCGCUCGUGAUAAACUCGCAUUGGUCCCGCAAUUGCGCAAAGUUCCUGCGAAAUCAUGUUGGACUCCAGGACCUUCAGAAGGAUCCCGGGCCAUUAUUCUUCGUAGAUCGAUCUUGAUUCGGUCAAAUGUGGGCAAGAAAGAAAAUCCAGAAAUCCAAACACAAAAAUUUCCCGAUUUCAUCAAUCAUCCGCUGGGAAAAUCUGACAAUUGAACUAAGAAGCCCGUUUCCUUCUAAGAUGACAUCUGGCACUCUGUGGCCCCGUCGACGAACGGAGAUAAGAAGACGUACAGAGCCUUCGACCGGAGAUGAAAACCUCGAAAAGCACUUCCUUACUAUGUUGGGACCCAAAUAGACCGUCGGCAUCACACUUUCCUCAUCGUCAAUAAAGACCUGAUCUUCUGUUUGUAAGUGAGGUGCGUGUGUAAUCAGAAUCCUCGAUUCUGACACAGUGAGAUGGCGGAGUCGCAUAUUUUUCCAGGCUGGAUGGCCUCUAUGCAUGAAGUACUGAACUGCUUGCCACAUUCUCCUGCAUAUUCACUCAAUCAAGCUUCCGCAUACGCUGAUCCAGCUCAUCGUGCUCCAGACGUAGCAUACUGAGCUGGAAUUGUGCUCAGGCUCAUUCGUUUAAGCGGAGCAUCCCUAGUUCCCCGCUCAACAACAGCUUGUCGUAGUUGCAGACGCUCAAGAGAUUGUUUAUCAUAUGAUUUCUGAGGGAAUCUCGACAGGAUCUAGCUCGAGCUGAAGUGUGGAGGCCUCAAGAGAUUGUGCGUCAUAUGAUUCUGAGGGAAUCUCGACAGGAUCUAGCUCGAGCUGAAGUGUGGAGGAUGAGUCGUGCAAAGUAGAGUCAAUUAUCUGAAGCCUGAGUGAGAAAACUUUAAACCUUCCACUCUUUGCCAUCCUCCAGCUUGCAAGCUUGCCAUGUGGGUCCAAGACCCGAAGGCCCCCGGGCCUUUUUCGUCCGAGAAUAUCAAGUGGACCCAGAAUGCGGCGUACAUUCCCUAUGGUCGCCUGAAGGACUUCAUAGAAGGAGAAAGCAGUGGACCACUUAACCCAACUAUUUUCAUCCCGAGAAAGCGCUAUAUGCGAGUGGCAGGAUCAUUGUCUGCCCCUGAUCCGGAGACUUACUUGGAGCACAUCUAUUAUCACUGCGCCUUUGGUGGAACUGAUGUGAGCAAGAAGGACAAGAAUGUUUCUUCAUUAUUCGUCAUGCGAAAGAAAGAGACUAGUGACAGAGGAUGUUUGUGCAGUUUUGAGGUGAAAAGGUUGUACCUACAUCCUCAUGUAGCUAAGAUUACAUACGAAUUUACUUCUCAUGUUGAUGCGACUGGGUUUCCUUGUCAUGAGAACUUAAACCCAAGUUGUAUUAGUAAAACUCCGACACAGUCUGUGCAUAUUUCAGCAGCUCUCAGGGAAUGGGUUAUAUCAAGACUUGAACACAAAUAUACACCGCUCCACAUCAUCAACGAGCAUCGAGCGCUCGUGCAGAGUAGAAUAAGACAAGGAGGUGCCAUUGCGUCACACACGAAUGGCGGAUACCUGAGUGAGCUAGAUAUAACUGGUAUAUCUGACGCUUUCCUCAAAGGACGAGUAGCCCUUCAGAAAUUAGAUGAACAUGCUGUUCUCAUGUGGAGCAAACGCUACAAACAUAAGGUGUUCUUCUUCGAACAGCAGUCGCCAGCCAAUGAUAGGAACCAGGCCGGUGCAGCAUCGUUUGUUAUCGGCAUUCAGACCACAUGGCAGAAGAGAAAAUUGCUGGCUGGUCCUGAGACCCUUGUGAUGUGUGAAACAACGUAUGGUUCUAACAAACUUCAGUAUAAAAUGUUCAGUAUUCUAGUGGUGGACCAGUAUUACAACGGGAUUCCGGUGGCUUGGAUCAUCACCCCCAACAUCAGGAAGCACGAUGCUCAGCCGUGGAUGGAGGCUUUGCGACAGUCUCUACACGAGGUCUCAAUCGACUGGAAGCCCCAAUCCUUCGUGGUCGACAACUUGUCCUCGAGCACCAAGGAAAUACGGUCAGUGUGGGGCUCAAAAGUUCAAAUAUUUGUGUCUCUGAGACGCGUGAAGAGAACUUGGAGAAAGAAGUUGACGGCCCUGGUCAAAGGCUGGAGCACCAGGACGAUGUUAUUCGAGAGACUGGGAUCCAUAAUGGACAAAACUUACCCGGCCUACGUCUCCCGGAGACAACGAAUACACUGCAUUAAGGAGCUGGUGGAAGAACUGUUUGCUGAAUGUCUAUACGCAUGCACGAGCUUUUACGAGUAUUUUCAGAGGGAGUGGAUGGACCCAAGAAAGAUCUGCACAUGGGCCAAGUGUUUGAUGGAUCUGCCGAGUGCCAUCAUAAGGGUCAAUGCUGCCAUAGACAGCUACUUGGCCAAUUUGAAACGAAGGAAUCUCUGUUGCAAAGAUCGUCUCGUGGGACGGAGAAUCAGCUGGCUGCUCGAUUCUCUCAUUUGUGAUGUUGAACCGCAGUACCUUUAUCUGGAGCACAUGUAUGAAGAGAGAACUUCCAGAAGUGCUCACCAGGAGAAGCUGCUUCGAGGAGCGUACCAUCGAGCAAGGUCGAUACCCAACGAUUACGUGGAGCUGCCGACUUACGGGCACGAGCCAGCCAAGGUGAGGAGCACAUCCAAACCAUACGUGGAGUAUCUCGUGUACAACGGGCAGCAUGAGUGGGCAUGCUGCACAUGCGCCUGGUCUCGGAUGGGCGACCUGUGCAAGCAUGUUGUGAAGGUGGCGGAGAUGUACAGCGCUCAGAGCGGUGAUGUAGACUCCCAGAAGACUGCCAGCGCUCUUGCCAAGUCUCGCAAGCUACCGACUCUGAGUAUGCAUAUGAUGAACCUUCAAGCAGCUCGAGGAGAGUCGCUUUCGCUCAACUCACCCCAUACAUCCUACCACGAGCAGCAAUCGGCUGGCGAAGAACCCUCAGAUUCCCUAUCAGAUCAGCAUGACGAUGGAAACCUCGCGUAUCCAGAAUCGAUGCUCAACAUGUCUCGUGAAAACUCAUCCAUCGAUAUGGGUACGAGCGUGGUGGAACUUAACAAAGAUCUGACAUAUCAAGAGGCUGAGUUACACAACUUUCUGGCUGACAACCCAGACUUGAUCGACAGAUACUUGAAUUCAUUCCAGGAACUCAAGAACAAGUUCAUUGAAGAAAACCAGAGCACACUCCUUUCAGGGGCCUCUGACGAUCCCGUGUAAAGCGCGAAUUCAAUUCAUCCUGUAAAAUAGUAGUCAACGAACAGCUGGAAUCGUGGCCGGCUCAUGCAUUGAACUGACAACCGUAAAUACUGUCGAAGGAAGCCACUGAGCCACUUUCAGGUUUUUCGUUUUCCCGCUUGUGUGCAGCUCAAGCUUUUUCCAGGGCAGGAGGAAGGUUUGCUCACUGCCUUUCCACGCCUUUUUUGCACGGAUGAAAAUGUCCAACCUCAUGAUGUUCAACACAAGAGGUAAUAACAACCGUCGAGGAUGUCAACCAUUCCAGAAAGUCAACGCCCCAGAUGUAACGAUCGAACAUAAGCCCUUGCUUGGAAGCUGGAAAGAGGCCCAAACGCUUGCGAACAGUGCAGUAAGUACGUGUACUGAGUCGCAGGCAUUGCUCUUCAUUCUCAGCUGGGUUCUGGUUUGGCAGCAAGAGCCAGCAGCUCAAUCCAAUCACGAGAGGGCUCCGCUGGAACUCGUUGGGCCCAGUUCUCACUGCCCACCUGGCACCUACCGCACUGACUGAACGUUGACUGGCAAUGAAUCAUCCGUUGACGGUUGGAGACGUGGAUAUCGACCCUCAUCGGC